ACGGCUUCAGUUGAGUUCGUAAGACUAAAAGUUGUGCCUUUUGUGGUUGUUUUGUCGUGCAAUUCUUGACAUGUCAACCAUAAAUAUGUCUGAAACAUCCAAUACCCUCUUCCCAGGCGUGGCUCUCGUCACCGGCGCCGCAUCGGGCAUUGGACGUCAAAUCGCCAUAUCGUUUGCCGUAGAAGGAUGUCAGAGGCUCGCUCUGUUUGACAAAGACAACACAGGUCUAAACGAUACAAAGACGGCCAUCAAAACUGCAGUUGGAGAUGCAAAUCCAGAUGUGUUCAUCAGGCACGUUGAUAACCUUGACACAGAUGAAGUUGCCAGGAACAUGGAACUUGCUGUCAAGCAUUUCGGGCGUAUUGACUAUGCCGUCAACUGUGCUGGUAUAUACGGUCCAACAAAGAAGAGUCAUGAAGUCACACCUAAAGAGUUCGAUCAUGUUAUGAACACCAAUUUUCGUGGUCUGUGGCUGUUUGCACGGGAAGAGCUGAAACAUAUGUCCAGUCAAGAUGUCGGGCUUACUCAUGAUGGACGUCAUGGGUUUAGAGGUUCCAUUGUCAAUGUUGGAAGUAACCUCGGCCUUGUGGGCAAGCCAGAAACUCCGGUAUAUAGCGCCUCGAAAGCAGCGAUUAUUAGUUUAACGAGAAGUGAUGCUAUCGAUUAUGCCAAGAAUGAUAUUCGGGUAAACUGUGUCUGCCCUGGAGUUAUUGAAACUCCUAUGACAGCUGAUGUUCCAGAAGAUGACCCGGCCGUACAGACUGCUGUUAUGAAAAGAAAGGGAACUCCGCAGGAAGUAGCAGAUGCCGUUUUGUUCUUAUCAAGUCCCAAGGCUUCUUUCAUUCAGGGUGCAGCGUUGUCAGUUGAUGGCGGUUAUACAAUUAGUUAGGAAUGCUAAAAUAGAUAAUAAGAGC